CGCGUCCACGACGACAGGAUGAUGACAUGGCCGUGGCGCGCUCUAUCCUUGGCGGCCCUUCUCCUGCUCCUCCCCUCGCCGGCCGAGCCCUUCGACACGGUCACGACGGGGGCGCCGCUCGCGGGCAACCGGACGCUCGUGUCGGCCAAAGGGACCUUCGCGCUCGGCUUCUUCACGCCCGACGCCGCCGCGGGGCGCACGUACCUGGGGAUAUGGUACAGCAACAUCCCGACGAUGACCGUCGUGUGGGUCGCCAACCGCGCGAGCCCGGUGCUCGGCUCGGCCGUGCUCAAGAUCGACGCCAACGGGAGCCUUGUCGUCGUGAACGGGCAAGGCGGCGUCGUGUGGGCGUCGCCGGUGACGCCGGCUGCUGUGCUACGCGCAGGAAACGCCACGGCGCAGCUCCUUGACAACGGCAACUUCGUGCUGCGGUUCGCCGGCGCCGGCGUUGUGUGGCAGAGCUUCGACUACCCGACCGACACGCUCCUCCCAGGCAUGAAGCUUGGCAUCGACUUCCGCACUGGCCUCGACCGGUACAUUAGCUCGUGGCGCGCGUCCGACGACCCGUCCCCCGGGGAGUACUCCUUCCGGAUCGAUCCGCGCGGCUCGCCGGAGUUUUUCCUCUACCGGUGGUCCACGCGGACCUACGGCAGCGGACCGUGGAACGGGUACCAGUUCUCCGGCGUGCCGAACCUCAGAACGAACACCUUCCUGAGCUACCAGUACGUGUCGACGGCCGACGAGGCGUACUACCGCUACGUGCUCGACGACGGCGCCGCGGUCCUGACACGGUUCGUCAUGAACUCGUCGGGGCAGAUGCAGCGGCUAAUGUGGAUCGACACGAGGCGGUCGUGGAGCGUCUUCUCGUCGUACCCCAUGGACGAGUGCGAGGCCUACCGCGCCUGCGGCGCCUACGGCGUCUGCAACGUCGAGCAGUCGCCGAUGUGCGGCUGCGCGGCGGGGUUCGAGCCGAGGUACCCGAGGGCGUGGGCGCUGCGGGACGGGUCCGGCGGGUGCGAGAGGCGCACGGCGCUCAACUGCACCGGCGGCGACGGGUUCGCCGUGGCGAGGAACAUGAAGCUGCCGGAGUCGGCGAACGCCACGGUGGACAUGGCGCUGGGCCUGGACGAGUGCCGGCAGAGCUGCCUGAGCAACUGCGCGUGCCGCGCCUACGCCAGCGCCAACGUCAGCAGCCCGGGAGGCAAGGGCUGCUUCAUGUGGACGGGCGAUUUGCUUGACAUGAGGCAGUUCGACAGCGGAGGCCAGGACCUGUUCGUCCGCCUCGCCGCGUCUGAUCUCCCCACCAAUUCUGUUUCAGACAAUUCACAGACAGCAAAGCUCGUCGAAAUCAUUGUCCCAUCCGUUGUCGCGCUAUUGUUGCUUCUAGUUGGACUUGUCAUCUGCGUCAUCAAGCUAAAGAAGAGCCGGAAGGCGAUUCCAUCAGCCCUCAACAAUGGACAGGUUACUCCUUUCGGACAGAGAAGCCAUAUUGCUGGAUCACUUGACAAUGGGCAGAAUACUCCCUUCGGCCAAAGAAACCAUAUUGCUGCAUCCAACGAUGCCCAGAACAACUCCUCCUUGCGUCCUACUGCUGGUCAGGGAAACCACCAGGAUUUGGAUCUGCCGUCGUUCGAUGUAGAAACCAUUCUUUAUGCUACCAACAACUUUUCAGCUGAUAACAAGCUUGGCCAAGGAGGAUUUGGUCCUGUGUACAUGGGGAGACUUGACAAUGGACAAGAUAUAGCUGUCAAGAGACUGUCACGUAGAUCGACACAAGGUCUCCGCGAAUUCAAGAAUGAGGUCAAGCUGAUAGCUAAGCUUCAGCACAGGAAUCUUGUCAGGCUUCUGGGAUGCUGCAUCGAUGGUUCAGAGAGGAUGCUCAUCUAUGAGUACAUGCACAAUCGUAGCCUCAACACCUUCCUGUUCAAUGAAGAGAAACAAUCAAUGUUAAACUGGGCAAAGCGGUUCAGUAUCAUCAACGGGAUCGCGCGAGGAAUACUGUACCUGCAUCAAGAUUCCGCGCUGAGGAUAAUUCAUAGAGAUCUUAAAGCAAGCAACAUCUUGCUCGAUAGAGACAUGAACCCCAAGAUCUCGGACUUUGGUGUUGCAAGGAUCUUUGGGACCGACCAGACCACGGCAUACACCAAGAAAGUAGUUGGGACAUACGGGUACAUGUCUCCUGAAUACGCGAUGGACGGCGUGUUCUCGAUGAAGUCCGACGUCUUCAGCUUCGGCGUGCUGGUGCUGGAGAUUGUCAGUGGCAAGAAGAACAGAGGGUUCUAUCACAACGAGCUUGAUCUGAACCUCCUCAGAUAUGCAUGGAGGCUGUGGAAGGAAGGGCGGACGCUGGAGUUCCUGGACCAGUCCAUCGCUGGCACAUCGUCGAACGUGACGGAGGUGGUGAGGUGCAUCCAGAUCGGGCUGCUGUGCGUCCAGGAGCAGCCGAGGCACAGGCCGACGAUGUCGGCGGUGACCAUGAUGCUGGGCAGCGAGAGCCCCGUGCUGCUGGAGCCGUGCGAGCCGGCUUUCAGCACGGGGAGGAGCCUGAUCAGCGACGACACGGCGGAGGCCAGCCGAUCCAACAGCGCACGGAGUUGGACUGUCACAGUUGUAGAGGGCAGAUAGCUAGCUGUGUGGCAGGAUGAACAACUGUUUGUGCCCUUUAAACAUGCAUUUUGGGAUUUAAUUUAUAUUCACUUGACAAGAUCGUUCCGAUUGCUUUAUGGAUUGUGCGAUACAUCUCAUGGGUGAAAUUUUGAGGACAAAAAAUCAGACGAAUUGCUAAUUAACCUUCCUAUCU